GACACUAAAGUGGCAGAAAUGACUGUCACCACAGCUCUCCGUUGGCUGUUCCUCAUGUCUGUUAUAAUUCUGACCAUUGGCGGUAAUAUACUGGUGUGCUUGGCUGUGGGGCUCAGCCGCCGAUUGUGGCGGAGAGCUAACUGCUUCGUGGUGUCACUGGCAGUUGCAGAUCUCCUGCUUGGUGUGUUGGUGCUACCAGUAUCUGCCACGCUGGAGCUGCGCAACAUGAAAUGGCGUUUUGGUGGAACCUUGUGUAACAUCUACAUCUCAAUGGAUGUCAUGCUCUGUACAUGCUCCAUCCUGACCCUCUUGGCAAUCAGUGUGAACCGUUACCUGGCCAUCUCGUCUCCCCUCAGCCACUCUCAAAGUGUCACCCCUCAAAGGGUGACACUUGCCAUCAUCUCCAUCUGGGUGCUGUCAUUGGCUGUGGCCUUUUCGCCCAUCCACCUUGGCUGGAACACAGCAGACUACGGGGUGCAGAACUUGGACUGGGAAUUUGGGGAUGAGGGCACUGAUAAUGGACGCUACUGCCAGUUCGAAUGGAAUAACAACUAUGUUCUUAUUUAUGCCUUUGGUAGUUUUUACCUACCACUGCUGGUUAUGUGUGGAAUGUAUCUUUGCAUUUUCAAAGUGGCACGCGAACAGGUAAAACGUAUCCGUGCCACCACUCCCUCAUUUGCACGCUCAGCAACUGCUGCCAUAGCCCGUGAGCACAAGGCUACAGUCACCCUGGCAGCUGUACUUGGUGCAUUUAUUAUCUGUUGGUUUCCAUACUUCAGCUACUUCACCUGUAUGGGUGUAAAGGAAAAGACAACCCCCCCUAACACGCUCCAUUCGGUAGUCCUGUGGCUCGGAUAUUUGAACUCAACCCUUAACCCGAUCCUCUAUCCAGCAUUCAACAGGGAUUUCCGUCGAGCCUACGGAGAGCUGCUUCGCUGCCGAGCACCAUCACACAGAACACUGCUUACUCGUGUGACUUUGCACAAACAAUUAACCUUUUUUAAUCUAUCUAUGGUCUCCCAAAAGUCUAACAAAAAUACGGCCACAGUUAUGAUUGAAAGUGAGAGGAACCUAUCCCGUGAAGAGAGACAUUGCCCUGAUAAGUCAAGGUGAAAAUUAUUUGGAUGAUUCAACUGACAGACCGUAUAAAUGUUACAGAUUCAAAUCUACUUAAUUGCUCAAAGCACCAUCUUAGCUGAUUAUUCAUAUCAGAUUUUCAGUUUAUCCUUUCAAAGAGCUUAUAUUUCAAGAAACAAAACUAUCAAUGUUACAUGAGGGGAUUAUAGGUAAAGCCACAAGUCAAAUCCAAAGUCUAAGGGUUUGAUUGACAAGUAUUUUUCAUCCUACUAUUUAUUUAUGAAGUAUCUGAAGAGUAAACAUGUGCUAGUUAGAAAUUAGUGUAAUACUCAAUACAAAGCUAUUUAGGUAAGUUUAUUGAAGUGAUAUAUCCCAGUACAGGUUCCAGUAAGAAGGAUGGAAACACAGGUAGCUAAAUGAUAAAAAAUGUUUGUUUUUCUCUCCCUGAAAACCUGCAAGUCAUAGUGAAUAUGUGAACCAGCAAGCUGAUUUUAUAUGCGUAAUCUGUUUAUGUUUCACCUGACCCAGGAAAAAUGACCCAAAAGAAUUUCCUGGAUGUUUUAACA